GCCCGAGCAGGCGAGCACCCGUCCGAGCAGGCGAGCACUGUCCGCCCGUCCGCCCCUGCUCGCCACUCGCCAGUCGCCAUCGCCAACGCCAAGUCUCCAGCCUGAGCCUGCCGGAUCGGGGUCGACCUCCAGUGAAUGGCGUCUCCCAAUUUGAGUGGUGCUAGUGCUAGUGGUACUGGUAGUGUAGGAUCUGCAGCCACACAGCCAACAGACAUUAAGGCUCCACUUUGGGAUCAUGUGAUUAUUCUGGAGAAGCCUAAAGCUGGUGGAGGAAAUGCUAUGUGGCGCUGCAAGUACUGUCCAAUGCAAAAACUGAGUAGUUACACUAGAGUUGAGGCUCAUUUGCUGCAGAUUUCAGGAAAGGGAAUAGGUAAAUGUCCUAAUGUCACAUAUGAAAUGCUGAGUGCAAUGAGAAAGGAAAUUGAAAGGUGCAAGAAUCUGGUGGAAAAAUCCAGGUCCAGAAUGGUUUCACUACCUACUGCUCCUUCCUCGAGCAAUACCGAUGACACCAACAAGAGGUCUAAGAGGGGGCCUACUUCUGCAUUGGAAAAAGCUUGGAGAGCGGAAGACCGUAAUCACUUGGAUGCUUUGAUCAGUAGAGCAAUUUAUUCUGGAGGGGUUUCUUUCAAUUUUUUGAGAAAUCCAUAUCUUCGAGAAGCUUUUGCCUUUGCUAGCAGCAGAAAUAAUCCACUUCAUUGUUUAGCUCAUUCACUUAAUCCAAGAUAUUAUAGCAAAAAGUGGCUUGAAGAAGGUGUUGGCCGUGAACCACCCCACAAGGAUAAAGAGGUGUCAAAAAUGAGGAUGGUUUGCUUCAAGAAGUUCUUUCCCAAUCCAGAAGACUUAGCAAAAGUAAAAGAUGAGUAUGCAAAGUUCUCUAGUUGUUCUGAAGAGUUUAAUGAUCCUGACUCAAUCCAUGAUAGAUGGGCUGUUUCCCCUAUGACUUGGUGGACAAAUCAUGGACAAGGAGCAGCCAUGUUGAUGAGUUUGGCCAUGAAAUUGCUUAGUCAACCAGCCUCAUCUUCUUGCUGUGAAAGAAAUUGGAGCACCUACAGCUUUAUCCAUAGUGUGAAGAGAAAUGCUUUAACUCCAGAGCGUGCUGAAGAUCUGGUCUUUGUGCACACAAAUCUGAGGCAUCUAUCUAGAAGAAGUGAUGCAUACAAGACAGGAGAGACAAGGAUGUGGGAUGUAGGAGGGGACUCUUUUGAUUCACUUGGUGGUAUUGGCAUUCUUGAAGUGGCUGACCUGUCCCUUGAUGAACCAGAAUUGCAAGCUAUGACUUUUGGUUUGGAUGCUGAGCACGAGCAGCAUGAUGUAGUGGAUGACAAUGGGACAACUGAGUAGGGAAUAAGACCUUGCUGGCUUGCUGCUGUCUUGCUGGCUGCUGCAAUGUUGCAUGUAGGCUGAAUAAAUUGCAAGCCUGAAGCCUUCUAUUAGUUUCUUAAAUUUGAGAAUUGAGACUACUAUAUGUCUAUAUUUGAGACAUAUUGUUAUGUAAUAAUAGUACUUGCGACCAUAUAUUGCUAUCAACUUUAUUGCUAUCAGCUUUAAA